CCUCCUCCAGGUUCCUCCGCGGUUCUUCCCCGCGCGCGCUGAGUCCCGGCGCUCCUCCGGCGCGCGGCUUCAGCGAUGUGGGCGUGAGCAGAGAGAGAGAGAGAGUGAGAGAGAGAGUGAGAGAGAGUGUAAGUAAGGAAAGCGUCCGCUGUUGCACGGAGUGAGCAUGAAGUCCUCGCGGCUCUGCGCGCUCCUCACUUUGAUGACUGCGUGCUGUCAGCUCUGCAGCUGCGCGAGAUACGGCUGUUUGUUUGAUGGAGGCCUUUGCUCGAGUGAGCAGGUCUGCUGGGAUGAUGAGUUGUUCGGGCAGUGCCUGGCGCAGCGGGAAGGCAGAUUUCGCUACAGGGUGACUGCAGCCUUGUUGGACAGACUGCAGUCUUUACUACAGAUGCUCAUGAAGGAAGGACUGACCUGGCAGGAUGACGUUACCCAAUCAGUCAUCGACAAGGAACUAAGCAAAGUUGCGAAGAUCCCGCUGCCAUCUGGUCUCAAGAACGCUCCCUCCUCUGAGUCUGAUGGAGGGGCAACAGACCAGCUGAACCCCAAACUGCAGCACUACAUGGACUACAUGAUUGUUGAUUCUCCCCAGUCCACCCUCCGCAUGCAAAGCUUGGAGCCUUACAGGCCUACUUAUCAGAAGUACGGUUACCAGGACGAAGAAGAACGCUCUCUGAACCUGGUAGAGGGAGACGUCUACCCACCAUCCUCUUCUCACUCCAGGGGGUCUGCAUCACGUCCUCACCCACUGGAUAGAGACACACAACUGCUUCAGGAUCUGGUGUCUCUCCUUCUCUCUUCACCUGCACAACCUGACUCCCGCCACAGGGUGGCCACACCUCUCUCCUCUUCAUCUUUCUUCCAGGGUCUGGAUUUUCCACUGGACUACAGCAAGGACUACGUUUCCCAGGAUGUGGAGGUCAGCAGCCAGCUAGAGAAGAAGAAAACCACUAAGGAGUAUGGAAGGUUUGAUGACCCCACUCAGCAGAGUCUGAAUGAGUUAUUACUGCAGCAUGGCUUCGACCUGGCUCAUCUCAACCCUGGAGAGAUGGAGCGCCUCUUCGCAGUGCUGGGCCUCCUGCAGAAUGAGCCUCCAAUCACACCCAAUCAGGAUCAUACUGAUUCAGCUGCCCCGCAAAAGCUGAUGAAAAUCACUGAGGGGAAGAUGAAACAUGUAGUGGAAAAACUUCCAACCCCAGCCAUCUCUUCCUCCCCCGCUCCGGCUCCUGAGGGCACCUUGCAGAAUAACGACAUUACAGAAGGGGCCAGUGUGCUGGGCCCUCCAGCCCCAUUGAAACAGGAGAAGGAGGGGUGGAAGGGAGAGGAAAAGGUGUGGAAAGGAGUCCCCAAUGCAACACCAGUAAAGAAUCAAACCAAAUACAAAGAGGACUAUGGAUACAUCAUUACGAACCAGAGUCCCCUCUCUCUGUUUGAUGGGGUUCGUCUGCUGGAGACCCUGGCUGAGAGGAUCCACCUCACCACCGGCACAUUCGUCAAUAUCAGCGUGGUGGGUCCGGCUCUCACGUUCCGGGUUCGCCCGAACAGCCAGAACCUGACAGCUGCUGAAGUGGCAGACAAGGCUGUGGCCGAGAAGAACUUUCUCGAAUCAGAGACGGGCCUGAACGUGCUGCAGGCAGGAGCCGGAGAGAAAAAUGAAGCCUUGCCGGUUGCGACGCGUGUGCGGGAUGGCACCCGAUGGGUGUUCCUCACCUUUGUGGGUGUGGCCUGCGUGGGUGGCCUCUUAGUAGGUUCGUUGACCAUCGCCUGCCUGCGCAGCCAUGCCCGCCAACUGGCCUCUGGAAAGCUGGGUUUGGGGCCGGAGGCAGGAAGUGACACCCAUUAUGCGUACCAGGACCUCUGUCGGCAGCACAUGGCUGCGAAGUCCUCUUCAGGCAAGCACGAGAGCGAGGCAGGGGCUGCAGGCGGGGGAGGCACAGUAGGAGGCUCAGGGGGAGGAGGAGGGACAGACACGUCCAGGGUCAGCAGUGUAUCGUCUCAGUUCAGCGAUGCCGCUCAGCCCAGCCCCAGCUCUCACAGCAGCACCCCCUCCUGGUGCGAGGAGCCAGCGCAGUCCAACAUGGACAUCUCCACCGGACACAUGAUACUGGCGUAUAUGGAGGACCAUGUGAAGAAUAAGGACCGCCUGAUGAAGGAGUGGGAGGCAUUGUGCUCCUACCAGGCAGAGCCCAGCACUGUGUCUGUCGCGCAGAGCGAAAGCAACCUCAAGAAGAACCGCUGUCCAGACGCUGUGCCGUACGAUCACUCCCGUGUGAAACUGAAGGCCGAGAUUAACCCCUCGAGGACUGACUACAUCAACGCCAGCACCAUAAUUGAGCAUGACCCCAGAAUGCCAGCGUACAUCGCCACCCAAGGACCCCUCUCACACACUAUCUCUGACUUUUGGCAGAUGGUCUGGGAGAAUGGCUGUACCGUGAUCGUUAUGAUGACCGCACUUGUUGAGGACGGAGAGAAGCAGUGCGAUCGCUACUGGCCUGAUGAGGGCUCCUCCCUCUACCACAUCUACGAGGUGAACCUGGUGUCCGAGCACAUCUGGUGUAACGACUUCCUGGUGCGUAGCUUCUACCUGAAGAACGUCCAGACACAGGAGACACGCACUCUCACUCAGUUCCACUUCUUGAGCUGGCCUGCACAAGGCAUACCAACCUCCACGCGCCCUCUGCUGGACUUCCGCAGGAAGGUGAACAAAUGCUACCGAGGACGCUCCUGCCCCAUCAUCGUCCACUGCAGUGACGGUACAGGCCGGACUGGAACGUACAUCCUGAUUGACAUGGUUCUAAACCGCAUGGCUAAAGGGGUGAAGGAAAUUGAUAUCGCUGCAACUCUGGAACAUAUUCGGGACCAGAGACCAGGAAUGGUGCGCACAAAGGACCAGUUUGAGUUUGCUCUGACCGCUGUGGCUGAAGAGGUCAAUGCCAUUCUAAAAGCUUUGCCCCAGUGAGACCAGCAGACCAGGACCUGAUUGUUGUUUAAACACACACACACACACACACACUCCUUACAAGAUAUAUGUUAAUGCAUGGAAGCGACCCAAGACCUCUGAUUAGACCAUUCCAGCAAAUACACAUACACAGAUACAUACACCCCCCUCCCCACCCCAGCCCUGUGCAGCAAGUGCUGCCUCAACCUGCCUUUCUGAAGCACUGACAUGACACCAACUCAGGCGUUCAGUCACACACACAAGGACAUCACAGCUGGGGCAGUGGUAGGCAUGCAGGGGCGUAGCCAGCCUACGUGGGCACGGGUCUUUUUAUCCUACUAAGUGAACCUUUUUACUGCAGUCACAUAGGUCAUCUUUUGAUCUGAUGCUGUUAUUACAUUAUAAUAAUAAUAAUAAUAAUAAUAAUCUUUAUUUGUAUAGCACCUUUCAUACAUACAUGCAACUCAAAGUGCUUUACAGAAUAAAUAAAAAGAAAACAAAGAUAAGCAAAACACAUUA